AAUUAACAUGCUUUUAUAAACGACAACACGUGCCUAUCGACAUUCUAGUAUUCUAAUUUCUACCUAUCGUACUAAAUCACAUUAAUUCAAUAAUAAUUCAAUAAAAAUAUAAACCGUCUAUAAGUUCAUCAAUUUGUACUUAUUGUUAAUAAAAUCAUUUGUAUUUCAAAUUUAUAGUUGUUGCAAUGACUUUGAACGAAACCGAUGAUGAUACACUAUCCUCGGAUGAAUCUGAAGACUCUAGCAAUGAAAGUUCACAAGAAAUUCGUUUUGAUGACGAAAUAGAAAAUUCUUCUGAUGAUGAAGAUAAUGAUGAACUACCACCAGUCUUUGACAGUUCUAAAGAAUCUGAAUACACGGUUAAAUAUGAUUUAUCAUUUGAAGAAGCUAUUAAUUUAGACGAUGUUUACAUUUUGCACUUGGAUGCUCAAAAACAAGGAAAUUUGUUGAAAGUAGCAAUUGCACUAUCAGAUUAUUCAUCUAAAAUUUAUAAUCUUAACUCUGAAAAUAAGGAUGUUCAAGUAUUGAAUGAGCAUGAUGGAAAGAUCAUUGACAUUAAAUUUGGAAAAAAUAAUACUGAUUCUUCAAUAGUGUUUACCGGAUCCGAAGAUGGAACCAUCAAACUUUGGGAUUUGCGUACCAAAGAAAAAUGUUCUUCAAUUUAUAAAGAUGACACUGACCAAAGUUUGAAGCCAUUAUCUUGUUUUGAUGUAUCGUGCGAUGGAAGAUUUUUAGUAGCAGGAACAGAAGUGUUGACAGAUGAUUCAUUUUUAUUAUUCUGGGAUUUACGAUCAACAAAACUACUAGGCGGUUAUUGGGAUACCCAUCAAGACGACAUAACUCAAGUUAAGUUUCAUCCUUCAGAAGAAAAAACUGUAAUAAGUGGUUCUACUGAUGGUAUUAUUAAUAUGUUUGAUAUUACACAAACAACUGAAAAAGAUGCACUUCAAUUGACGUAUAAUACAAAUUCAUCUGUUAGUAUGUUAAAUUGGCUGAAAGAUGAAAAUGAAGAUUGGAUUAUAUCUUGUGUAACACAUACAGAAGAUUUACAACUAUGGCAUACCACAGAUUCUGAACCAUUUACAACUGUUCCCAGAGAUACAAUUAGUAAAUCAAUGAACAUUAAACCUGACGUAUACAGUCAAGUAAUCAAUUGUCACCAAGCAGACAAAAAUGGUAAUGUCAUGUUGUUAGUUGGAAAUAAUCAUGGCAAAGGAGAACAUUUACAGUCUUUAAAUAUUGACGGUGAACACGUAGUCACUCCCAGAACAUUAUUUAAGGGUAACAAACAAAUAGUUAGAUGCAGUUGGUAUGAUUAUGACAGUGAAACAAUUAUAACAGGGGGAGAAGCUGGUAUAUUAAAUGUUUGGACUCCAAAGGAUGAUAACAGUUCAAGAGUUGUUAUUGAUAAAUCGUCAUUAAAACAUAUACCAAAAGUAAGUUUAAAAAAUAAAACUCGUAAACCAUAUUGAUGACUCGAUUUCAGAAUUAAUUAUUUUGUUCUUAUGACCAACAUACAUAGAUUUUAUGUAUAAUAAUAAUUUGUACUUUGUAAUGUAUGUCUCAAUAAACAUUAUGAUGUUGAUA